AUGGUAGUGGUGAUUCUCGGUCAUGUGAACUGUUUCGCGCAAUAUGCACUUUGCGGUCUAAACUUGGGGUAUAAAAGAUCUGAGCGUCCAGCCAUCGGUGUAGGAAUAUGUAUAUCUUUUGCGAUCGGUGCACCUGCAAUUGCUGGUCUAUAUACCAUUCUUAGUCCGCUAGGUAAAGAUUAUGAAUCUGGAUCGGACGAAGAAUCACAGGUUCAAAUUACUGCUGAUAAAAAACAAGAGCAAAUGAGAGUGACAUCAUUAGAGAGGAAAUAUUCAUUUGCACCGAAAGAUAAACGAAGGACUGUUGAAAAUAGACCAAAGUGGAGUGGAGGGAUACUUGACAUUUGGGACGAUAUCUCUCAAGCGUAUCUAUCACUUUUCUGUACUUUUUGCGUCUUUGGUUGGAAUAUGGAGAGACUCGGCUUCGGAAACAUGUAUGUUCACAUUGCUACUUUUAUGCUGUUCUGUAUGGCACCCUUUUGGAUUUUCAUCUUGGCUGCUGUUAAUAUUGAGGACGAUACCGUUAGGCAAGCACUAGUAGGUGCUGGGAUCGUUCUAUGUUUUUUCGGUUUACUCUAUGGUGGUUUUUGGAGGAUUCAAAUGAGAAAGAGAUACAAUUUGCCUACUUAUGACUUCUGUUUCGGCAAGCCAGCGAUAUCUGAUUGUGCACUUUGGCUAUGCUGUUGCUGGUGCACUCUUGCUCAAGAAGUGCGGACAGGGGAUGCGUAUCAUAUUGUAGACGACAAAUUCUUCAGCAAAGAAAUUAGCACUGUUGACCAACCGCCGAUUUCACCUUUGCGCCGUGAGGGUGUGGCUUCAACCAAAUCAGGUCCGAGUUCCCCUCUCGGUGUCAAUUCGUCUCCUUCUACAUACAAACCGUCGAGUCCUCUAAGUUCUAGCAGUUUCUUUACCGACCAUCAUAGUCCAGAUGGUUCACUAUCUACUCUAAAAGAAGAACCUUCUGAAAAAGAUAAAGAUGUAACAAUGACUCCACCAACUCCGCCAUUGAUACAAAGAGAAUCUGCUUAG